AUGGAGAACCAAACAGAGGUGAGUGAAUUCAUCUUGACGGGCCUGAGUUUAAGAAGACACUGGGAGCUUCAGAAGACACUGUUCACUUUCUUUUUACUAUUGUACUUCGUCAUUCUGUUGGGGAAUGGCGCCAUUGUGGCUGUAGUAAUAGCUGAACCUCAGCUACACACUCCUAUGUAUUUUUUCCUUGGGAAUCUUUCCUGCCUGGACAUCUUCUAUUCCACAGUAACUGUUCCAAAGAUGCUAGCUGGCUUUCUAUCAGAGCUGCAGACCAUUUCCUUUGGGGGUUGCAUGGCUCAGCUUCAUUUUUUCCACUUCUUGGGCAGCAGUGAGGUCAUCCUUCUUGGGUUCAUGGCAUAUGAUCGCUAUGUAGCUAUAUGCAACCCCUUGCGGUACACCAUUAUUAUGAGGAAGCAGGUCUGUCGGGUUUUGGCAGCAACUACAUGGACCACUGGUUUUUCCCAUGCCCUGAUGCACACAGUGAUGACUUCCCAUCUUCUCUUCUGUGGGCCAAACCGUGUGGAGCACUUCUUCUGUGAUAUCAAACCACUGCUGAAACUGGCCUGUAGCAGCACUCAUCUCAACCUCAUGCUGCUCAAUACUGUCACCAGCUGCAUUGCUAUGGGACCUUUUGUAGUCACACUGCUCUCUUAUCUCUACAUUAUCCAUUUCCUCCUUUUCAAAGUUCAUUCACAAAAGAAUAGGCAAAAAGCCUUCUCGACCUGCAUGUCCCACCUGAUGGUGGUGGCUUUGCUCUAUGUGCCAGUGUUGGUCAACUACAUGCUUCCAUCUGUGGGCACUGAGGCUCAAAGGGAAAUGAUGGUAACUAUCAUAUACAGUGCCGUUACCCCAGCUCUGAACCCACUUAUCUACACACUGAGGAAUCAGGAGGUGAAAAAGGCCUUACAAAAGAUUCUAAGGAGAAAGAUCUUCAAUGAAAGGUAG